GUUGCGAACGGCACGGUUUUCACAAUAAAGUUGUGCAGCGGAAACGGUUUUUCAAUAAAAAAUACUAAUUUACAAGUAUAUAUUGAUUUAUGUGCAUACAUAUACAUACAUAUCUGGAGAUAAAUGAAUUUAGUAACAAAAAACAAAAUUUAAAAAAAUCUGUCGAAUUUUAUUGCGGCUGUUACGUUUGCAAAUACGAAAAUAAUUUACACAAAAAUUAACGCUAUUAUUUAAGAAUAUUUGAGUUUACGCUAAUAAAUAAUAUAUGGUGGAAAGUAUAUUUAUAUAGUAGAGAAUCAUCGGUAGAAAAAUCGUUUAAAUACUGUGUUCAGAAAUCGUACCUUCUCACACAUUGGCAUGCUGCAUUAAAUACCGUUGUAGUGUAAUUAAAACUUUAUUAAAGAUCAUGAAUAAUUGGUGCUAAUUGAGUGUUUCAUAUGAUUCGCGACGUCUUGUGGUGGUGAUCUUUGUGCAGUAGUCGUGAUCAAUUCCAUUCAGCUUCUUCAGUGUCGACCUCUUCAUUUUCUUGUGUCGCCUGCCUUUGUGUAUUUUGAUAAGACAGAUCGCGUUGUUAUUAAUAAAACAGCACACAUUCAUAAGCGCCCGUUGCCCUAUUGGAUUUCAUAUAUAAGUACAAGCUUAUACAUAUAUUUAUAUAAAAAAAAAAAAUAAUAUUGCGAGUGGCAAGAAAGUGAAAUUAAUACAUGGAAAGUGAGCAGCUAUAAAAUUAGAGGUCUGCUAGUGUUAUGCACUGAAGGAAUCCUAUCAAGGCCGAAGUGAACAUUAACGAGACAAAAGAUCGAGCGAUCGACCAAUCGACGGUCCAAUCAAUAAACACACAUACGCACAUAUUCAUAAAUAUAUAAUGCCAACAAACACAUUUGACCGUUCUACGCGCAUUUGACAGCUUAAAAGUGCAUACGCGAACACACACGCACAUAAACACUCAUACAUACUCUGACAAAUUUGGUAUGCUCCAGGUAUUAGCGGCGGCAGGCGACAAAUUCGGUUUCGGUAUUUCGGCCUUUUCGUUGCGUCCACAGUACAGUGCAGACACGAACUUGUUUUAACUUGGAUUUUUGUACAAGACUACAUAUUGUUUUUUGUUUUAUUGUUUUGCUCACUUUUUUCUGUAGCCGCUUUUCUUCGCAGUCAGUUAAUUUGAAAAGCUUUGCCUUCUUGUGAGUGCGUGCGUGUGUGCUUUUAAUUGUGCCUCGCGAUCGCGACAAGUCCGUAAAUGAUGUACAUUAGCAGUUUUAUAGUUGUGUGGCUGUGUGUGGUUGCGGAGUUGGGAUUAGCUGCAAAUGUACCUGCCAGGCGUGAACGACAUGAACUGACGAUAUCCGAAUGCGCUGCCAAAGGUGGCGAGUGCGAUGAGACCAAAGGCCGUCCAGUUUGUGGCACAGACGAUCAAACCUACCCCUCACGCUGUCAUUUAUUGCGUGUGCAAUGCAGCGGCCAUCAAGUCAGUCUCAAAUAUCGUGGACCCUGCAAAGCCUGCAAAGAAGCACGCGAUUACGCUCUCAAGCACAAAUAUCGCAAUCCACCAAAAUUCAUACCACGCUGCAAAACCGAUGGCACCUAUGCAGCCGUUCAAUGCUUAGGCGAUACAGGUUGUUGGUGCAGUGAUAUCACCGGCAAACCCAUCGAGAAUACAUCGGUACGCAAUGGCAAGCCCAAAUGUCGCGAAUACACUAAGGCGAAUAUACGUCGCUCACCGCCUCGUCAUUUGAGUCCGAGUCGUGGUCGACGCACCUGCACUGCCAUCGAUCGUGCCACCUUCAAUGCCAAUCUCAUCAAAGUCUUCCAAAGUGAAUACAUGCGAGCUGGACAACAGAAACGCGGCCUGUCAGCCAAUGCUGCAGCGAUUGGCGGCGAGGAGGGUUUGGCUACACCAAAUGAUAAGUCGGUGAUCGAUUGGAAAUUUACGUACUUGGAUGCGAAUGCAAAUCAAAUGCUGGACAAAAAUGAAUUCCGUGAACUAAAGAAGCUUGUAAAGCGGGCGGUGAAACCGAGACGUUGUGGACGUGCUUUUGGCAAAUUCUGCGAUUUGGAUGAUGACGAUCGACUGACACUGACCGAAUGGAAUAAUUGCUUUUCGAAAGAUGAAAUAAAUCGUCAUUCGGCUGCUGAAAAUAAGAAUUAUGCCGUUAAUAGCAUCACCAGCAGCACCUAUCACGGAUAUGCACCACAGCAGCAAAACAAUAAUAACAACAACGACAACAACAGCAAUAAUCGUCAUACAUCGCCGCCUUUCAAUAAUCAUCCACAACAACAGUUUCAUUCGAAUAAUCAUCAACAAAGUCACAAUACAUAUAGCAAUAGAAACAGCAACAACAACAACUAUAAUAUUAACAGAAAUGAUAAUAUCAAUAAUAUACAUCACCCCUCAAGUACGCUGGACGAACUGGAGAGUGAAAGCAAUGGCGAUGAUGACGAAAGUAGUCAACAUUUGGACUAUGAAGAAGAAGAUUAUGAUCCCGAUGAGAGCGAGGAUAGCGACACGCUAAGCAUGUUAAAUUCAACUAUUCGUUGGCCUGACAUUCUUGUAGACUUACGACCAAAAGCCGAUAUACAAUUCAACGAAUCCGACAGCGAGUCCGAUUGCUUGGCUGAUCAAAAGGUAGCGCUAGAGGAGCAACGACAUGGCGGCACACUGUUCUAUGUGCCCGAAUGCACUCCGGAUGGACGUUACCAGCGCGUGCAAUGCUAUCGUUCCACACCGUAUUGUUGGUGUGUACAUGAGGAUACGGGCAAAAAUAUACCCGGCACAUCGGUGAAGGACAAACGGCCACAAUGCGAUGCCAUCUAUGCAGCACCACGUUCCAUGAAAGGCUGUCCCGAGCCAAGGAAAACCAUAUUUUUGAAUGAUCUCAAAGAAUUCUUGAAAACAGACAUUGUACCUACUGCUAUGUCGAGCGCCAACACAACCAAAUGGAAUUCUGAAGACGAACGCAUUGCGACAUUGAGUUUUGUCUGGCUUGAUAAGAAUAAGAACAAAGCUUGGGAGCGAAAGGAGUGGAAGACAUUUAGGGAAAUAGUUACCAGCUCGAAGACUUUACGUAAAUGCGGCAAAAAGAUGCCACGGUAUUGUGAUGUUAAUAGCGAUAAGAAAAUAACGCUCACCGAGUGGUUGAAUUGUCUGCAAACGGAACGCAUUGAGGAGCAGGUGACUUCGCAGAGUUCGACGGAAGCCAACGAAUCCAUAACGUCGAAGAAGCUAACUGGCUCCAAUCCACUUGAGAGGUAUUUGAAAGAUUAACGUCGCUGCAAUAGCCCCAGCAGCUGGUGUGAUACGAGCGUAAUAACUCAAGUGUCUUCUUCUUUUUUCGUUUCUUAUUUUUUAGUUUUUACGUUCUUAAUUAAAGUUUCAUUUAAUUAUUAUUUGUUAAAUUUUCACGAGCUGGUGUUUUGCUUUAUUUAAAAAUUGCAUUUUUCGUGAUAGUUGCUACUAAAAAUACGCAUAUUUAUG